AUGCAGGCUUCGAGAAAUUCUGCCUUCGGCAACUGUUGGAUGGAAGGCUUUCAGGAUACCAAUCCGGGACUCCUCCGCAUGGCUCAUUAUCUACGUCGGAAAAAUGUUAUGGCCAUCUUUUAUCCUCAGGACCCAAAGGGAGAUGUUUGGCUUGCGUUCUCUCGCGCGUCUCCUGACUUCGACUUUCUCGAUCUCAAGUUGGAUACUCAAAAAGUCCCAAAUGGCACACCUCUUCUUUUGUCUGUGCGUGCGGCGUUACCCCCAUUCUCUUCACUGCCAGCUUUUGAAGAUACGCCGAACGACAUGGGUGCGCUGAUUUCUGAUGAUCCUUUCGCUGGAGUCGAAAAAUCUACCGAUUCUACGCCUCAUAUUCAGCAAGUCACAAAUGUACCACAAAGUCAGGAAACGGGUGCCCUGGCCGCUUCAAUGUUGACCAACCAAGACAAAGAAGGAAUUGUCAAAAGUUUCUUUGCAUCCACUCUCAAAACCAGUAUUAAUGACUUAAACAGGCUAAGCGAUUCUUCAACAGCGGAGAAUUUCUUUCUUUUCUUUCCUCCGGAAGAGGGAGAAGAAUUUCAGAUCAUGCAGAGAUGGCUGUCCUGGAAUAAUAUGACCGUCUACUCUAAUCGAGACAACAAUGGCUGGUCCAGAUUUAUGGACAAUGGCAAACGAGGCGUUGUCAUUGUACGUUAUCCUUGCACUUGUUCCUUGCUCCUAGGAUGGGUUUACUAA